UACAUUGACGAAGAAACUCAUUUUCCAACAGUGCGAGUUGAAGUCAAAGCAGGCGGUGACCAUGUCCGACACGACAGAAGACAGAUGUGGAGGACGAGUCGCUUCACACAACAAAGCGGCGACAGACAGGGCGGCAUGCACGGAGAACCUAACAGAGACGGAUGCCUUAAUCCGAAGCACUUUGGACCCCGCAGAGGAGUAUAAGAUGGACAACAAAAAGCGAGGCCUCGCCCUCAUCUUUAACCAGGAGCACUUCUUCUGGCACCUCCGUUUAAGUGUCAGGAACGGCACCAACGCCGACCGCUACAACCUGGAGAGACGACUGAAAAACCUGAACUUUGAAGUGAGGGCCUACGACAACCUCAAGCAGGUGGAGGUUUUAGAUAAGAUCAACGAAGCCGCCUGCGAAAACCAUUCGGACUCGGACUGCUUCUUGCUGGUCUUCCUGAGCCACGGCGAGAACGACCACGUCUACAGCUACGACGGCAAGAUCAGCGUCCAGGACAUCACGUCCCUGUUCAAAGGAGACAAGUGCAAGAGCCUCGUGGGGAAGCCAAAGAUCUUCAUAUUACAGGCGUGCCGCGGGGACAAGCACGACGAUCCGGUGACCGCGUGCGACGCCGUGGACAACAAGCUGAAGACCAACGAGGUGGUGGUGGACGCCAGCGUUCUGCACACCCUCCCCGCCGGGGCCGACUUCAUCAUGUGCUACUCUGUGGCCGAAGGCUACUAUUCCCACCGAGAGACCGUCAACGGGUCCUGGUAUAUCCAGGAUCUGUGUGACCUGCUCCAGAGGUACGGAGAGUCCCAUGAGUUCACAGAAGUACUGACGCUGGUCAACCGGAAGGUGUCCAUGAGGAGUGUCGGGAACAGUAACGACCGGAGUGCUAUUGGGAAGAAGCAAGUGCCUUGCUUCGCCUCGAUGCUCACCAAGAAACUUUACUUCCGACCAAAACAGUAACAGUUUGAGACCUCCGGUCAUAAAAGGAGCUGGUUUUACACCGAUACCUGGCCAAUAGAAUUUCGCUGUUUUGCUCUAGUUUAUCCAAUCAACACUUUGAUUCACACAUUCGUUGAGAAAUCAGCUAAUUGGGAGCCGUAUUUUAAUUAGUGAUUUAAUAAAAUAACGGGAACCUUUUCAAUUCACAUGUGCUGAAAGAAUAUGGCGAAUAUUCGUGGCUUUAGGCCAUUCAAAGUUGAGUUUUAUUUAAUGAAUCAUGUUAAGUUUCUUCUGAAGAAACCAGAUUUAUUGGGCGGGCCAAACCCUAACCUAGUUUAUAAAAUGGUUUUACGGGGUUUUACAUUGGCAUGAAAGAGAAUCCAGAAGUAUCUGUGUGUGAGGAGAAAUCCGGUUACACCAUUAGACAAACUGAUUUUCCCAUUUCUCACACAAACCUGGUCCCUAGUUUAAAUUUGAACAUGCAGUAAUGCAAUCUAACUCAUGUUAUUUUCUCCAGAUCAGCAAAAAAUGUUUGCACACAAGAAAUUGAUUUUAUUAACGAACCACAAUCAGCGUUGUUUUCCUCAGCCUUUUGCUUGUUUUAAUCAAAUCUACAUUACUGCAGUACCACACAAACCUCAUCUCACUGUUGACCAUUGCGUUUCCUAAAAAGCAGAAAAGGCCGUAGAAGUUACCAACUUACUGCCGUGCAAGGCUGGUAAGAGAACAGCAUGACUCCUUUACUUUUGGUAAAGGGUUACUUUUGUACACAUCAGGGUUUAAUACUGGUCUCUAUAAGCACCAAUGGACAAUCAGCCAUCACUCACCUCCAGGCACCACAUAAACAGGCCGUUUGUCCUCAAGCUCGCUCCAUCAAAAAGGGAAUUCAUGUCUGUGCUGUCCUUUGUGUUGUAGCCGUUAAAACUGAUCAAUUUGAAAAUGCAUAUUUGCACCCGGCAUGGCAACAAUCACCUGUGUGCAAAGUACCUCAGGGAGAAGAGGCGUUAUGAAAGCUGUACUCUGGACCUGAAACACUUGGGUCACAUGACCUUAGACUCAGGAAACAAAGUUACCAGCAUUCAUUGAGCCUGUAUUUUUGUGGUUUUAUUAUUGUGAUUUUGUUGUGACUUUGUUGUGACUUUCGCUACUGUUUUGCUCCGCAUUGAGUCAAAAUCUUUUAUAAAACUUUAAUUUGUGGCAAAAA